GAUCCCAUCAUGGCGGCGCCCUUGUUGCGCGCUGUCCGCACCGUUCCGCGGAUUUCUAGGCCGUUGUCGCGGACUCUCUCCGGUUCCUCCGACUUCUUGGCUGCCGUCGCCCGGCGAGGUCUGUUUAAGGAGCUCUUCCCGGCGGAGAGCGCGGGGCUCCAGCUCCCCAGCCUGCUGCGCUCCGGUCCCCAGACGGUGUACUGCGGGUUCGACCCCACCGCGGACUCGCUUCAUGUGGGUAACCUGCUGGCCGUGCUGGGCCUCCUGCACUUCCACCGGGCCGGGCACAACGCCAUCGCCGUGAUCGGAGGGGCCACAGCCCAGCUGGGGGACCCCAGCGGCCGCAGCCACGAGCGGGACCCCCUCAUGCCGGACAGCAUAGAGGCCAAUGCCCGGGGGAUCCGUCAGAGCCUGGACACUCUGUUCGGGAACUACGAGCUGCUGCACGGGGCCCGGCCGGGGGCCACAUUCACCGUGCUCAAUAACGCCUCGUGGUACCGUGGCCAGGGGGCCGUGGGCUUCCUGAGCUCGGUGGGCAGGCAUUUCCGGAUGGGCACCAUGCUGAGCCGACACAGCGUGCAGAGCCGCCUGCGCUCCCCGGAGGGCAUGAGCCUCACCGAGUUCGUGUACCAGGUGCUGCAGGCCUAUGACUUCUACCACCUGCACCGGGAGCACGGCUGCGCCAUCCAGCUGGGGGGCACCGACCAACUGGGCAACCUGAUGUCCGGGCAGGACUUCAUACAGAGGGUAACCGGUCAGCAGGUGUUCGGGAUCCUGCUGCCCCUGAUUACCAGCUCCACGGGGGACAAGCUGGGGAAGUCGGCCGGGAACGCGCUGUGGCUGAACCGAGAGCGGACGUCCCCGUUUGAGUUCUACCAGUUUUUCGUGAGGCAGCAGGACAGCGUCGUAGAAAAGUUUUUAAAGCUUUUCACGUUCCUGCCGUUGGCGGAAAUCGAACAUAUAAUGGAGCAGCAUGCGAAGGAGCCGGAGAAACGGGGGCCUCAGAAGAGACUCGCGGCUGAAGUUACCAAACUCGUUCACGGAAAAGAGGGUUUCGAAUCCGCUAAGAGGUGCACGCACGCGUUAUUCCAUAGCAGUACCGACGCGCUGGAAGCCAUGUCUGACCAGGAGCUGCAGGAGCUCUUCAGAGAAGCCCCGUUUGCAGAAUUAUUACUGGAACCCGGUACUAGAGUGCUGGACACCUGUCUGAAAAUGUCCGCCAUCCCAGCCGGGGCCCGCGGGUACGAGAUAAUCAGCAGCGGGGGUCUGAGCAUCAAUCACCGGAGAGUCACCAAUCCGGACGAGGUCCUGGUGGUCGGGCAGCACAUUCUGAAGAACGGACUCUCUCUCCUUAAAGUUGGAAAGAAGAACUUUUACAUCGUGAAAUGGAUGCACUUGUGAUCGUAAGCCACGGACCUCUUUACGGUCUUCAGCCUACGAAGGGAUCACGAGCCCCGGAACCCGUUAUUUCUCACCGUGUGAGAUGAUCUGCGGCUCCGUGUUAUUCACAAUAAACGCUAUUCUCUUCUAGCAGAGAAAUAGAGAUAUUUAAUUCAAUAA